UGUUCUCCUCUUCUGUUCUGUAGGACCAAGGCCACAUCAGAACCCCCAAGCCCGGCUACGUGAGGACGGGUUUGUCUCACAGUGCGCUGGCAUAAAGUAUGUCCCAUUAAUACUCUGUUUAAGCGUCUUGUUGGAGAUGUCGGGGAACAACCUUGUGCUGCCCAUCGUGCUGUGGGGGCGCACGGCGCCUACCCACUGCAUCAGCAGCCUGCUGGUGCUGGACGACUGCAGCGCAGUCAUCACGGGCUGCCACGAUGGACAGAUUUGCCUGUGGGAUAUGACCCCGGAGCUGCAGAUGUGUCCCAGAGCCAUGCUCUUUGGACACACUUCAUCCAUCACCUGUUUGGCCAAAGCCAGCGCCUGUGCAGACAAGCAGUACAUCGUGAGCGCCUCAGAGAACGGAGAGAUGUGUCUAUGGGAUGUGAAUGACGGCAGGUGCAUUGAGUUCACCAAGUUGGCUUGUGCCCACGCUGACAUCCAGUUCUACCAGUUCACCAUCGGGACACAGAAGGAGGGCCGGCUGCUGUGUAAUGGGCACUACCCGGAGAUCCUGGUGCUGGAUGCCACCAGCCUGGAGGUGCUCUACUCCCUGGUGUCCAAGAUCUCCCCCGACUGGAUCAGUGCCAUGAGCAUCAUCCGCUCUCACCGUACACAGGAGGACACGGUGGUGGCUGUGUCGGUGACUGGCAUCUUGAAGGUGUGGAUCAUUACAGCGGAGGUCAGCAGGAUGCAGGACCUGGAUCCAGUGUUUGAGGAGGAGUCCAAACCUAUCCACGUGCAGAGCUGUCAAAGCAUUUCCUUCUGUAACUUCACCCAGAACAGCCUGUUGGUGGUCUGCUCCAAGUACUGGAGGGUGCUGGAUGCAGCCGACUACUCCCUGCUCUGCUCUGUACCCUGUGAGACUGACCAGUCCUGGACUGGAGGAGACUUCAUCUCUGCAGACAAGGUCAUCGUGUGGACCGAGGAUGGCUGCAGCUACAUCUACAAGCUGCCCCCCAGCUGCCUGUCUGCGAGUGAACAUUUCCGCAGUGACGUGGGGAAGACCAAAGAGGGCGCUGUUCCCCCUCUAAUCUACAAGGUCUCAGAGCAGCCUGACAAGAAGCUGCUCAUCUGUCCCCCAGUCACAUGCUUUUUCUUCAGCCGCAGGGAGCCCUUCCACAAGCUGCUGCUCCAGGGGGACUCUGGGGGCCGCCUGUCCCUGUGGAGCAUCCCGGACAGGUCACCACCCCCACAGCCCUCCACACCCGAGCUGCCAGUGUCUUCCAGCCUCACUCUGCAGGAAUCCUUUGACCGCCUGCUGCCUGUGUCGUCUGGGAUCAUCGACCAGCUCAGCGUUCUGCCCGGCAAAGACCAGCCCAUCAAGGUGACAGCAAGCGUGUACAUCCCGGCUCAGGGGCGGCUGGUGUGUGGGCGCGAGGACGGCAGCAUCAUCCUGGUCCCUGCCACACAGACUGCUAUCGUCCAGCUGCUGCAAGGGGAGCACAUGCUGCGCAGAGGCUGGCCCCCUCACCGCACACUGCGUGGGCACAGGAACAAGGUGACCUGUGUGCUGUACCCAUACCAGGUGUCGCCCCGCUACGACCAGCGUGCCCUAGUGUCCGGAGGAGUGGACUUCUCUGUCAUUGUGUGGGACAUCUUCACUGGAGAGAUGAAGCACAUCUUCUGCGUUCAUGGAGGAGAGAUCACCCAGCUGCUGGUGCCUCCUGAGAACUGCAGUACACGAGUGCAGCACUGCGUCUGCUCCGUGGCCAGUGAUCACUCGGUAGGGCUGCUGAGUCUGAAGGAGAGGAAGUGCAUCAUGCUGGCCUCCAGGCACCUGUUCCCCAUACAGGUGAUUAAGUGGAGACCAGCUGACGACUACCUGGUGGUGGGCUGCUCUGACGGCUCUGUCUACGUGUGGCAGAUGGACACAGGAGCCCUGGACCGCUGUGUGAUGGGCCUGACUGCUGUAGAUAUCCUGAAUGCAUGUGAUGAGCUGGCCCCUGCCACUUUGGAUGCUCUGAGCCACUCAGCGGUCAACCUUAAACAGGCCAUGACCCGCCGCAGCCUGGCCGCGCUCAAGAGCAUGGCCCAGCACAAACUGCAGACGUUGGCCACCAACCUGCUGGCUGCCGACAACGCAGACAAGGGGAACCUGCCCAAGUACUCCCACAAUGCACUGGUGGUGCAGGCCAUGAAGACCAACCUGAGUGACCCAGACAUGCACGUACUGUUCUUUGACGUGGAGGCCGUCAUCAUCCAGCUGCUGACGGAGGAGGCACAGAGACCCAACCCCACCCUUGUCUCUCCCGAGAGUCUGCACAAGAGCCAGGCCGGGGCCGAUAAGGGGGGCUCCUUCCUCGCCAACAAGAUUUUCAAACAGGUGAAAGAGACCAUGAAGGAGACCAUAAAAGAGCACCUUCUGGAUGAUGAUGAAGAGGAAGAGGAAGAGCAGCGGCGACGCGAAGAGAAGUCCAAGUCUCUGUCUCUCCUGGAGUACAACCUGACGAUGGACACAGCCAAGCUCUUCAUGUCCUGCCUGCAUGCAUGGGGCCUCAACCAGCAGCUGGACCUCAUCUGCCUGGAGCGCCUGGGCAUGCUCCGGCCACAUUGCCCCAUUUCCUUUGGCCUUAUUUCCAGAGGCGGGCACAUGUCUCUCAUGCUUCCCACAUUCAAGGAGUCUCUGCUGAGAAAGCUGUCUGUGGCUACUGGGAGAAAGUUGACUUUAUCGGACAUCGUGGGCAAAGGCACAUAUGGCCUGUCCCGUGCAGUCACCACGCAACACCUGCUGUCCGUCAUUUCUCUGGCCAACACCCUGAUGGGUAUGACCAAUGCCACCUUUGUGGGAGAGCACAUGAGGAAGGCCCCGGCCAGACCUCCUCGUCCUGGAGGGACCCCCGAGAGCCAGAGGCGCAGCAGCUCUGUCUCCCAGGGCAGCCCACCACCCCAGGCUCACAUCAAGCAAGCUGCUGCUGCUGCCCCCGGCCCUGCUCCUGGGUCUGGGGCCCCCGGUGGCCCUCCUCAAGGGCCCCAAGUUAAUCCUAACAUCCCCUCAGUCAACGAAGGUUGGAGCCAGCUCGCUGCUAUGCACUGUGUCAUGCUCCCUGACCUGCUGGGGCUGGACAAGUACCGCCCCCCUCUGCUGGAGAUGCUGGCCCGGCGCUGGCAGGACAGAUGCCUCGAGGUGCGCGAGGCGGCUCAGGCUCUGCUUUUGGCUGAGCUCAGGAGGAUCGGUGUGUCCGGUCGAAAGGAUACCAUCGACAUGUGGGCACCAUACCUGCCCCAGUACGUGGACACAGUCAGCUCACCUGGAGCCAGCACAGAGCAGCCUGCCCCUGCCCCUCCCCCGCCAGAGGUUCAGCCAAUAGAGAGCAAGCUCCCAGAGGAGGAGAUGGACGUGGCGGACGAUGACAUCACUGCAGGCUGUCUGUCCAACCUCCCUCCAAAUGCCAGGAAGAUCUGCAACUCUUAUGAGGAGCGGCGCAAACAAGCCACGGCCAUCGUCCUGCUGGGGGUCAUUGGGGCCGAGUUUGGUGCAGAGAUAGAGCCUUCUAAGGGGGCCCGGGCACGGACUGGGGGGCAGGCUCCAGAGGGCUUCGGCCUGACCAGUGGCGGCUCCAACUACUCCCUGGCACGUCACACAUGUAAAGCCCUCACCUUCCUCCUGCUGCAGCCCCCCAGCCUCAAGCUGCCAGCCCACAGCACCAUUCGCCGCACGGCCAUCGACCUGAUUGGGAGGGGCUUCACCGUGUGGGAGCCCUACAUGGACGUAUCCGCUGUACUGCUUGGCCUGCUGGAACUGUGUGCUGAUGCAGAGAAGCAGCUCGCCAAUGUGACAGUGGGGCUUCCUCUGAACCCUCCGGCCGACUCCGCUCGCUCUGCUCGCCAUGCCCUGUCCCUCAUCGCUACGGCCCGCCCCCCUGCCUUCAUCACCACCAUCGCUCGAGAGGUGCAUCGAUUCAACGCGGCGCAGGCCAACUCCCAGUCCCAGCAGAACGUGCACACCAGCACUCUUGCCCGGGCCAAGACCGAGAUCCUCAGAGUCCUGGACAUCCUGAUUGAGAAGAUGCCUGCAGAUGUGGUGGACCUGCUCGUGGAGGUUAUGGAUAUCAUCAUGUACUGUAUUGAGGGCUCUCUGGUCAAGAAGAAGGGUCUGCAGGAAUGCUUCCCUGCCAUCUGCAGGUUCUACAUGGUGGGCUACUGUGACCGCAGUCACCGUAUUGCUGUAGGAGCUCGCCAGGGCUCUGUGGCUCUCUACGACGUCCGCACGGGCAAAUGUCAGAAUAUCCAUGGACACAAAGGGCCCAUCACAGCCGUAUCCUUUGCUCCAGACGGCCGCUACCUUGCAACCUACUCCAACGCCGACAGCCACAUCUCCUUCUGGCAGAUGAACACCAGCCUGCUAGGCAGCAUUGGCAUGUUGAACUCAGCUCCUCAGCUGCGCUGCAUAAAGACAUACCAGGUGCCACCAGUGCAGCCCGCCUCCCCCGGCUCCCAGAACCACCUAAAACUCGCCCGCCUCAUCUGGACCUCCAACCGCAAUGUUAUCCUCAUGGCACACGACGGCAAGGAGCACCGUUUCAUGGUCUAAAUGUGUCCCGCAACCAUUCUGCUCACCACCUCACCUACCUAGUCCACCUCUGUUGUCUGCCCACAGUCAGGGUCUGUCUUGCCCACCACGGUUGUGGUGUUCAGAAACUCACUACACUGUUCUGGAUGGAUGCCAUUUAUUUGUUUGUUCUGUGAUAGAAAACAGUAUGUUGGGACUUGCUUCAGUUCAUCUGAUGGGAAUAUGUACACACAUACUUUGUGAUAUAUGGUACACAUUAUCCUUAGGGCCUAAGUCAAGUGGAAUCCAACUGAGACCUGUUCAGUGUAUUUAAAAGUUGUCUUCACCUUCACUAAACUACUCGCUCUCACAAUGAAACCUCCCAUGGAAACAUAUACUGUUAUCAACAAAUGAAAUACUAAUGCUAUUGUGUCCAAACGUCUCCUGCUCUUCUCCAUGAAGAUGUUUUAGCCUUGCCUGGAAUGUUUCUCAGUAUGGCAUUAACCCAUCUAUCUGACAUUCAUUUAAUUAAUGGCUUUUUAUUACUAUAAAGCUUGGAGGGGGGGGUAGUCCACUGACUACAACAUGUGUGUACUGUACGUUAUGUGGAUAAUGUUUUUGGUUUUUUUGCUUAUUUAAAUGUGCUGAAACAUUCCCAUGCGACCCACACCUGGUUUAGAUUUCUGAAUCGUUCAUACUUCAAAUGGAAGUCAGUCAGUUGGAUGCCAGGGGGCCUAUUUUAUUUUUUAACAGAAAUAUAUAAAAAAGUGUUAUAUUGUAAACUUAUCACAAGUCAAAAAUAUGUCAGAGUCUACACAAAUCUGAACUUAUCAAAAGCAGUUAUAUCCUGAUCAUGUUGUUUGUAGUGUGGUGCUAUUCUGUGUAAAUUUGCAGAUGUAGAGUUCUAUUUUAGUGCAAAGAAGAUAUUUAGUUUGAUUUCUGUGACCCUCUGCAUGCUUGUAAAUGAGCUGGACUUUGUGUGUACAGUAAACGCAUUGUGGUGUGUUCAGUUUGUUCCAUAAUAAACUUCUAUUGUGCUGUCAAAGUCUUUUCUUUCUGUAUUCCAGUGCUUUUCAAUCACACUCCCCUG